UCAUAGAAUAAAUGUGUUUGUCAUAAUUAGUCAAACUAAAAACAUGCAACCUCAUUUUCAAUUGGGUUUCAAGUUUUUUACAGACAGAAAAAACAAUAUCCCUGUACUAUUUUUAUACUGUCUUUUGUAUUGCAGAAAAUGAAAGACUUUAGGAGCUAUCUAAAAAUAAAAUAAAAUAAAGAAGCCAUGUUCCCCAUUUGUUUUUGUUUUUCAUGUUUCUCUAAUUAUGUGUCAGUUUUCGACAGACAAUACCUUCAGUUUGAGGAUAUUUAUUUGAAUAUGUAAGUAUAUGUUUCACUUCAGAUGUUUUCCAUGCUUUGCUCACAACCUGUGGACCCUGUGUGUUUUAUGUUGUGUUGUACGUGUUCAUAAAUUACCCACUAGAUGGCAAUGUCAGUGAUCAACUCUCUGUUCUGUGAAGGAGUAAAGCCUGAAAAAAUAACUGUAAAUUUCUUAAAAAGUCAUUUGGACACCUUCAUUAGACUUCAUGUGAGUUUAACAGUUAUUUUGUCAAAAAUCUGUUUUUUUUUUUGGUUGAUCAACAUUUUGGUUUUCUUACUAUUACAAGUUCAGAUCAGUAAGAAGUUCUCAGUGGUAAAUCUAAAACAAACAUGUAAAAUAUUCCAAUGAAGUAGAGUACCGUAGUUAACGCCGGUUAAGCUCAAAUGAAACGCCACAUCCACAUGUGACCCUGAGCCAUAAAGGGCAGGGAGUCAUUUGACUGCAUGACAUGGCAGGAAAUUAGCGCGCAAAUGUUGACUCCUCCUUCCUUUACUGUGUUUUUUUUCUUUUUUCUCACGGCUCAUAGCUCGAGAAACUGUUCACCAACUUCAAGACUUUAAAAGUUUUGGAUACCAGGCAGCCACCAAGUUUCAUUACCUAAAGCCAAAUCUGUGUGGACGACAAACCUCCUGACUGAGAAGCUUUGCAGAGACUCCCGGGAAAAAGACUGCAUAAAAACACAGGCCGUUUAAAACCUGAGGGGACAGGACAAGGAUUCAUCCGGGCCAAAAUCCAGGAAACCAAGCCCAUCUGGAUCACCAGGCAUCUCAACAAUCAUUCCAACCUAAAUGGAGCUGCAGAAGAUAAAUGGACACAGCAGGGAUGAUGGGUUUGAUGCCCUUGAUGGCUUGGCAGAAAAUGAAGAGUUUCUCCCACAUAAAACCACCAUUAAAAAAAAAGAACUUCACUUCACAGAUUUUGAGGGAAAGACUUCCUUUGGCAUGUCCAUCUUCAACCUCAGUAAUGCAAUCAUGGGCAGUGGAAUUCUGGGUCUGGCUUUUGCAAUGUCCAACACUGGAAUUGUUCUUUUUAUAAUCCUCCUGGUGUCCAUUGCCAUCCUGUCGGCAUAUUCAAUCCAUCUCCUGCUAAGAUCUGCAGGCAUUGUCGGUAUUCGAGCAUAUGAACAGCUGGGGAAUCACGCUUUUGGCAACCCGGGAAAAGUGCUCGCUGCUUGUAUUAUAACGGUCCACAACAUUGGAGCAAUGUCCAGCUAUCUUUUUAUUGUAAAAUCGGAGCUGCCUCUGGUUAUUCAGGCGUUCUUGGGUAAACAUGCGAACACAGGAGAGUGGUUCAUGAAUGGAAACUACUUGAUCAUCAUUGUUAGUGCUGUCAUCAUUUUUCCUCUAGCACUCAUGAAACGGCUUGGCUAUCUUGGCUACACCAGUGGCUUCUCCCUGUCUUGCAUGGUGUUUUUUCUCAUCUCGGUCAUAUACAAAAAAUUCAACAUCCCCUGUCCAUUUCCUGAGUAUCUGUAUGAAAACACAACCUCCUCUCAUCUCCACAUCUCCACCAUGAACAGCACCGAUUGUGGGGCCAAAGCAUUCACCAUCAACUCACAGACGGCAUACACUGUCCCGAUUCUGGCUUUUGCUUUUGUCUGCCAUCCAGAGGUGCUGCCGAUCUACACCGAGCUACGAAAUGCCACUAAAAAACGUAUGCAGACAGUUGCCAAUAUUUCUAUACUGGCCAUGUUUGUGAUGUACCUGCUGACCGCCCUUUUCGGUUACCUCACCUUUUACAGUGGGGUGGAAUCUGAGCUGUUACACACCUAUGUCCGCGUGGACCCUCUGGAUGUCCUGAUUCUGUGCGUCCGUCUGGCCGUGCUGGUAGCCGUCAUUCUGACCGUCCCUGUGGUUCUUUUCCCGAUUCGCCGAGCUGUUCUUCAGAUUUUGUUCUAUGAAAAACCCUUCCAUUGGGCCAGGCACAUAGGCAUCGCAUUUGCCCUCGUGUUCCUGGUUAAUGUGCUUGUUAUAUUUGUGCCCAGCAUGAAGGACAUAUUUGGCCUCAUUGGAGCCACAUCAGCCCCCAGCCUCAUAUUCAUCCUUCCUGGAAUUUUUUAUAUCCGCAUUGUUCCAGAGGAGCAAGAACCUUUGAAGUCGAGACCUAAGAUUCAGGCUGCAUGCUUCACUUUAUUGGGGUUCAUUUUUAUGGUGAUGAGUCUGUCGUUUAUCAUCUUUGACUGGGUGACGGGACAGCCGAUAAAAGGUGGACACUAGCUGUACACUGGUCAUGACAGAGCGGAGGUACUACAGUCAGAAUGCCAACCAAAGCUCGUCCUGUGUACCUGAAACACUUCUGUUGAGUUUCCGUCCAAACUCAAACUAAAAGGUUUUGAAAAAAUAAAAAAAGUGAAAACCUCCACCAACAUCAAGUUAUGUAGUGGAGGCCGAAAGGCAGCGUUCAAAAUAACGUGUGCUGCACAACCUGCCACAACUCAGAACCGCCGUGCUGUUGAAGUCACUAGUAAAAUGGCAGCAAAAGGAUGAAUGGGAACAACAUGACAGCAAUGGAAAUGCCAUUUAUAGAAUGCUGAUGUGUUCUGUUUCUUGGAAUAGUUCAGUCACAGUAAUCCCUAUAUUGCACUUCCCUGCUAUUCCAGUUUUUACAGGACACCCAUCUGAAUACAGUCAGUAUAUGCAACUGCUUUUGCUUCUUGUUAAACAACACAAAACCUGAUCCUUUUCCAUUUUCCUUUGGUUUGAGAGCUUUAUCGGACCUUACUUGAUCAGCUUAAAAGCACUUGGGAACAAAAUUGAUUUUAAUCAAUCAAAAGAGAAAAUAUUUAUUUAGUAUUUUUAAUGGGUACUUUAUCCGACUGACGUAAAAACCAUAAUUAUCAUCGAACUUAAAGUCCCACAGUUGUUGGGGCUUUACUGCCAUUUCUUCAAAGUCAACAGUUACUGACCAUCAUAAACACACAUACAGUGAGUUUAAACAGGGAUUCUUUUUGUUACUUACAAGCGUCAAGCCAAAAAAAAGGAAUUUUGUCACUUUACAAAAAUAAAAUGUAUUUUUUAUUAAAAUGCUUGACAAAGCCAGUUAAACUCAAGAUUGACAUAAAUCCAGUAUUAGACAGAUUUUGCAGUCCUGGAAAAUGUUGAGGAACUGCCCUUUUUCAAUUUUAUGUACAAUAAAGGAAGUUUUGUUUUGUCCGUCAAAUGGUAUCUUUUAACUGUUUUAUGCAGGAUGUGCAUUUUUAAAUUAAUGUGAAUGUUGUUAUCUGUCAAUAAAAUAAGUGUCAUUUGUA